AUGGAGCACGCCGCGCUGGAGCUCGACGUGCUGGCGGCGCUGGCCGCCGCGCGGACGAGGCCGCAGGACGUCGCCGCGCGGCUCAAGGCGCGGCUCAAGUGCUACAGGGGCGCGCAGUACGCGGCGCCCGGCCGCACCCCGAAGCAGACCAAGGAGGGCGCCGCGGCCUGCAAGGACGCGCUCACCUUCCUCGCCACGCUCGAGGGCCCGCUCGAGCCCGUGGCCGCGGCGCCGGAGGGCCUCCGCCUCGCCGGGGUGGACCACGUGCUCGACGUCGGCGUCGAGGGCGUCGCGAGCCACCGGGGCACGGACGACUCGAGCUCCACGGACCGCAACGGCCGCUACGGCGCCUGGGGCGGCGCGACGGGCGAGUGCAUCUGGUACGGCAACCUCGCCAACGGCGCGACGGGCGCGUCCAUCGUCGACGACCUCGUCGUCGACGACGGCGUCCGGUCGCGGGGCCACCGCCUCUGCGUCUACGACGCGCGCUGGACCGUCGCGGCCGUCGCCGCCGGGGCGCACGCGACGUACGCGAACAUGGUCGCCGUCGAGUUCGCGGCGACCUUCGAGAACGACGACGCCGGGGUCGAGGCGCGGCUCCGGAACCCGCCGCCGCCGCGCGUCCGCGGCGCGGCGGCGGCGCGCGGCGGCACGUGCUGGGACCUGGGAUUGUGCCGCGGCUGCGCCCUGCCCGUCAAGGGCGGCACCGUCGUCGAAUUGCCCGACGGGCGCAAGUGGCACGAGGCGUGCUUCGUCUGCUCGCGCUGCGGGGAUUCGGUCGCGGGCAAGGACAAGCGGAAGAAGGACGAGGGCGGCUACAUCUUCUGCGCGCCGUGCCACGUCGAGCUCUACGCGCCGGCCUGCGUCGUCUGCGGCGCGAAGAUCGACGGCGACCGCAUCAACAUGGGCGACGGCGCGUACCGCCACCCGGGGUGCAAGAAGCCGCCGGCGAAGAAGAAGAAGGCGAAGCGGCGCGUCGGGCCCAAGGCGCUCGCGAACCUCUACGCGGGGCUCGACGAGCAGCCGGCCGCGGGCGAUGACCCGCCGGCGCAGCUCCCGAGGGGGUCCGAGCGCGUCCUUCCUACUACAAGUUGA